AUGAUCUGGUCCCCUUACGAACAGAAAUAUUCCCUGAUGUUAGAGCGAAUUCAAAACAAAUUCCUCCGUUACAUAUAUCUGCGGCUGUACGGCGUUUAUCCGUUCUACCCUCUAAGCUAUCCGUCGCUAUUUGUGCUGGGUAUGGUGGGAUACGACAGGGUCGCGGUGCGGAGGGAACUGUCGGUGGCGCGGUACGUGUUCGGCGUGCUGCGGGGCCGGACGAGUGAUGCCGCCGUGCUGGGAGAAGUGUCGCUCAGCGUGCCCGACCAGUACGUGUGGCGCCGCCGCCGCCCGCCACUACUGCACGUGCCAUGCUGCAGGACUAACUUGCUCAAAUACUCCCCGUUUGUUCGUGCACUACGUACUCUCAACGAAGUGGCACAGCGGGUGGAUCUGUUCCAUUGCACUCUCAGUGAAUUUACACUUAAUUGCCUGUUUGUCAUUUGUUAUGGGAAGAAAAGUGAUUAUAUACAAAAGUAA